AUGCAUAAGGUUAAGUUGCCGUCUUUAUCACUACCAGAAUUUGAAGGGACCGAUGGAGAAUGGCCCCCUUUUUGGGAUGUUUUCGAGUCUAACGUUCACUCUCGUCCAGACUUGAGAGCUGUUGACAAAUUUAUUACCCUGAAGGGAUGUUUGAAGGGUGAAGCUCUAACUCUGAUUAGAAAUAUUCUUGUCACGAAUGAAAACUAUUUAGACGCCAUUGACCUGUUGAAGAAAACUUAUGCUAAUCCAGAGAAAAUAAUCUCAUCUCUAAUUUGUCAACUAGCAGGCCUGCCUAAACCUUCUGCAGACCUGGAUUCACUACGUGGCUUCUGGACUAAACUUGAACAAUAUGCGAUUCACUGCACGAAGAUCUUGCCUCGUCGAAUGAUUUCUGACAACGCCACUAACUUCAAAACUGGUUCUUCCUUGAUUCAGUCCUUGUAUGAUGACACUGACGUACAGUCCACACUGACUAGGGAAAAUUGUAAAUGGACAUUCAUCACACCUAGGGCACCCCAUCAAGGAGGCUUCUAUGAGAGGAUGGUUGGCAGUGUGAAAUCAGCACUUAAGAAAGCUAUAUUCAAGAAGAGGAUUAAUUCUGAUGAACUGAAUACCAUUGUCACUGAGAUAGAGCGUCGUAUUAACAAUAGACCUCUUACAUAUGUGGAUGCUACAUCUCCAGAUACCGUCGAUGCCCUUACCCCUUCCCACCUGUUGUGUGGCUACCGGUUAAACUCGUUACCACUACCAUAG